AAUUGUUAUUUUCUUCUUUUUUUUUCUUUUUUUUUUUUUAUGGUUGUAAUGACUUCAAGAAGAACAUAGUAAUCCUCCACGAGCAAAAUUUUCAUGUGCUCAAUUAUUGAUUAAUGAUAAUAUCUCCCAUUAAUCCAAGAAACAAUAUUGACCAUUUUCUCACCAUUGUCAUACAUAAUUGCAAUUAUAUAUAUAAAGCGAGUAAAACGACGUAUGUACCGAUUAAUCGAAGAUGAGUACAUGCGUAUCAUCUAGUUGGAAUAUGCCUAUGGAUAAUUCUGCUGAUGCAGUUUCAAAAGUUCAAUGCUACUUCCACCAAUAUUCUUGUCCCUAUAAGAGAAUUACCACUCAUCUCACCAUCUUCUCAACCUCUAAAUCGUUUACAAUUAACGGAAAAAUUCAUCGACAAACGAACGCAGCUGCAGAGAAUAAAGGCCAUGUUUCGAUCACAGUUAAAAAACCUCUAUGGGAGAAACUUCUGCCGAGAUCAAAGAAACUCAGGAGUAUAAUCUUGCUUAACGCCAUCGCUGUCAUUUACGCAAGUGACAUUGCGGUGAUAAAAGAGGUUGAAGCUUUCACCGAUCCAGCAUACUUCUCUGCCGUCCGAUUUGCUGUGUCGGCUAUUCCAUUUUUGCCCUUCAUCUUUCAGGCGAGGAACGAUACUCAGACGCGUAAUUCAGGGUUAGAGUUGGGAUUAUGGAUUAGUUUAGGUUAUCUAAGCGAAGCACUCGGGCUUCUCACGGCUGAUGCUGGCCGUGCUUCGUUUAUUUCCUUGAUCACCGUUAUUAUAAUUCCGAUGCUUGAAAGCAUGUUGGGAGAAAUUGUACCUGCUCGGACGUGGUUUGGUGUUCUCAUGUCUGUUCUUGGGAUUUCUAUGCUCGAAUGCAGCGGAUCGCCUCCUAACAUUGGUGAUCUGUUCAAUUUUAUAAGUGCAAUAUUCUUCGGCAUUCAUACACUUCGAACGGAGCAUAUAUCGAGGACAAUAAGAAAAGAGAACUUCUUGGCACUUCUUGGAUACGAGGUUGGCGUAGUUGCUCUUAUUUCGACAAUAUGGUGCCUAACGACAGCAAAUCUCGAUGAGAUUCGAGAGAUAUCUUGGACGUGGGCCCGGUUUUCGGAUUGGAUGCUUGAAUUUCCGUGGGUGCCAGCACUUUAUACCGGUGUAUUCUCAACUGGUUUUUGCUUGUGGGCAGAGGUAGCUGCAAUGCGCGAAGUCUCGGCGACAGAAACAGCAGUAAUCUACGGGCUGGAGCCGUUGUGGGGUGCCGGUUUUGCUUGGUUUCUCUUAGGUGAAAGAUGGGAACUUGCUGGAUGGAUUGGCGCUGCAUUAAUAUUGGGUGGAAGCCUAACAGUGCAAAUGGUCGGAGGUUCGGGCGGUGAAUCUGCCGGAGAUGGUAAUAGAAAAGAAAAUAAAUCACUAAUUAAAAAAUCAUCACAUGAAAAGGAGAAGCUGUCAGCUUCUCCUGUGAGGGUGACAUCUUUUAGAGACAACUUGAUGGAUAUAUUCAAGUAAUUAACACAUCUCUCAAGUUCAAAUUGCCAAGUAAAUACUAUAGAACUUAGUGUAUAUAUAGUCUUACACAGACCUUCAUUGGUAUGGUAUACAUGUAUACUUCUUUUGCUUUUAUGCUAGAAGCAGCUAAUAUAGUUAUUCUUGUAAAUUAUAAUGGAAUAGUUUGAUAUUAGAAUAAUAAAAUUUUAUGGAUUUAAACUUUGUU